UGAUUUUUAUUUGUUAUGACUUUUGAGUUUGAACUUUGAAUAAACAACUGUUUAUUCGUAAGUGAUAAAAAGAAGUCCCCGAAACAUUUAUUGCCUUGUAGGAGUGUAGAUUAUUUCAGUAAUUAUUCAAACAUCAAUCUACGAGACAAACUCUGUUUAUACAUUUAAUUUUUAAACAUAUUAUUGUCAUCUUCUUUUUGCAUUUUUCAUUUCUGUCAAAUGGCUAAAAAUACGUUUAAUAUUAUUAUUGGAGUAACAGGUAGUGUUGCUGCUAUUAAACUACCAGUCUUGGAACAAACUCUAUUGGACUUAAAUGAAAAUUAUUCAAAUUAUAAGUUUCAGCUCCACAUUAUCUCAACUGAGCAUGCCAAACAUUUCUUUGAUAAGAAACAAUUAAAGAGUGAUUUUUAUGAUGAUGCGUGUGAAUGGUCCACUUGGCAAAAGAGAGGAGAUCCCGUGUUACAUAUAGAGUUGGGAAAACAAGCAGACAUGAUGGUCAUUGCUCCACUGGAUGCUAAUACCUUGGCUAAGAUAUCUGUGGGUAUUUGUGACAAUAUUUUAACAAGCACAGUCAGAGCAUGGGAUAUGUCAAAACCAUUGUUAUUUUGUCCAGCCAUGAACACGAGAAUGUGGGAACACCCCAUCACAGCCAAGCAAAUAGCAACUCUAAGAGAAUGGGGUUAUGAAGAAAUUCCUCCGAUAAGCAAGCUGUUAAUGUGCGGAGACACUGGGGUAGGGGCUAUGGCUGAGGUCGAAACUAUUGUUGAGAAAAUUAAGAGCAAGGCUGAUCAGUUGUACAAAGUUUUAACUAAAAAGUGAUUUUUUAUUGUUGUAAAUUUUUAUUUUUCUAUUGCAUAUUUUUGAUAUUUAUAUGAUUAUUUGUUAAAUAAAGAAACUGU